AUGUCAACGACAGCGGGCGCUUUCAUUGCUGGCGGUAUUGCCGCUUGCGGAGCCGUCACCGCAACACAUCCUUUCGAAACAGUCAAGAUCAGGCUUCAGCUCCAAGGAGAAUUACAAGCCAAAGAUGUGGCAGUAAGGAAAUACAAGGGUGUUUUCCACGGAGUCGGGGUCAUCCUGAAAAAUGAAGGACUAAAGGGAUUAUACAGAGGAAUCGGAACUGCAUACAUCUACCAGAUACUAUUGAAUGGCUGUCGAUUGGGAUUUUACGAGCCACUGCGAGCGACGGUUACCAAGCUCGUUUAUAAGGACACCAAUGUCCAGUCUCUUGGUAUCAAUAUUUUUUCCGGCGCAGCUUCUGGUAUUCUGGGGGCUAUGGCAGGCUCGCCUUUCUUUCUGGUCAAGACCCGACUACAGUCAUACUCUCCUUCCUUGCCUGUGGGCACGCAGCAUAAAUACCGCAACGCUUUUGACGGAUUGUCACAGAUCUACAAAGCAGAAGGAGUAAGAGGUCUAUACCGAGGCAUGGGCGCAUCGAUGGUCAGAACCGGAGCUGGAAGUUCGGUCCAGCUGCCGACAUAUUUCUUUGCAAAACGACGGUUAAUACGCCAUUUCGGAAUGGAAGAUGGGCCCGCAUUACAUUUGCUGAGUUCAACAGCAAGCGGCUUCGUGGUCUGCGUCUUUAUGCAUCCUCCGGACACUGUCAUGGCGCGAUUAUACAACCAACAUGGCAAUCUCUAUAAUGGUAUUUUCGACUGUCUUUGGAAGACUAUUUCAACGGAAGGUGUCCUCAGCGUCUACAAAGGCUUCACGGCGCAUCUCGCUCGAAUAUUGCCGCACACCAUCCUCACAUUGACACUGGCAGAGCAGACGAACAAGCUCAUCCGAGGAGUCGAGAGCAGAAUCCUACCCAAGGCUCUCGAGGAGAAGCUUUGA